AUGGUAACUUUGACAUUUGCUCGAGUGGUUCGUUUGAUCGAAAUAGAAUCGAAAAUCGACUUCUUAUUCAGCUAUAAAAUGGACUGGAUAGAUGAACGUCUGAAAUGGUCGCCAAACGAAUAUUGUGGAAUCACACAUAUCUACACAGAUUUCGAAGAUGUAUGGGUUCCGGAAGUCUCCAUAGUCAAUGCGUGA